AGUAAUAGACGCCGAACCCAGGCAGUGUUGGACACGAUUAGCUUGUCAAUAAAUGCUCGCCGCUGUAUCCCCGGUCAUUCCGCUAAAUCAUAUUAUACUCAUUUUAAUUGGUAUAACAUCGGUGUUAGUGGAAAGCGGAGAUAGAUCAUUCCGAGGUAAAACGUGUAAGAUUCGGUCGAGCGGGUUCCGACCAAAUUUUGACUUAAGUACUGUGCUCCUGCCCUCAUCUUCGCAUGACUGUAUUACGGUUCCAAACAGACCUGGAAUAGGAAUUGAAGCGAGCGAUAGGAAUUCUGGUAGACGUCGACUCACAUACAUAAUACCGGAUGGAUGGAGGACCAGUGGGAAGUCAUGGUAGCAGCACACAUAGGUGAAAAAAUGCAAAGGGAAAAAACAUACAAAAAGGAAAGGCAUCCCAGAGACAAUGGGCGAGGUAAAAGAGCUUCACAACUCUCUAACCUCUGGGCAGAUACAUAGGCGCAUCUUUACAAAAUGCCGCAGAAGGUUUGCUUGUGCUCGACACAAGAAGGAAAAGCGUAAGAGCGCUGUUACGCACGAG